CUCACACUAACCUGCACACGUCCACCAUGGUCCCGGAUAAGCUUCCAAAGAGCCAGUCGGCGCAGCUCAACCACACGCUUGCUUCAGUAGGCGUCAGCGGGCUCGGCAUCGGUCGGCGCAGCAAAUCGAUGUACCCAGCCCGUCCGACCGAGAACCCUUUCCUGCAGACGCUCCGCGACGACCAGCGCCUGGCUCACGGCCGCAGCUCCACGGACAUUUACAAACAGCUGGUGCCACUUACAUUAAGUCCAGUUGUCGACGGCAAGGGGCUCGGCAUAGGGGUGGCAACACCUGACCUCUUUUACCCCGAGCAUGUAAUGCCUUAUGUAGCCCUUUCCCCAGUCGGCACAUUCCCAGCCCCGAGAGCGUUGAGUGCCGGUGGUGCACGACGCGUCUACAAGAGGAUGCCCAGCAUUGAAUCCGACGUCUGAAGGGUUGAAAAAAACAAAAACAAACUGUGAACCAAUGAGAUAUCGACUCUGAAAAAAAACGAGCGCUGUACAAAGCAUCAGUAUUUCCACAUGGAUAUGGAUUCAUAUUGGAUUGUUCUGUACAACCAGGAGUUAAAAAAAAAAAAAAUCUCAUAUUUUCUCACGUUUCCUGCUCUUAAGUAAAUCCGAGUUCAGCAUUUCUU